AGAUAUCAGUGUUGAUGCUUCUCAACUUUCUGAAGUCUCCUUUUCUUCUGGAGAAACAGCUCGGAUCUUCUGUAAACAUGGAGUCUCUAAUUAUAAUGUGGUCUUCUGGUACAAGCAAACCCAAGAUGCAGCCCCUUCCUUCGUCAUCCACAGUUACUCUAAAACUGAGAAGAAAGAACGGCUGGAGAUGGACACUGACAAAGGCAACCUGUCUACAGAGCUGUCCAUCAGCAAGGUGGAGAUGGGGGACGCCGGGAUCUACCAUUGUGCUGCAA